AGAAAAGUGGAAUCACCCAUCCGUGCGAAGAUAAAAAAAUAAAAAAUAAAAUAAAAAAAGUCCACAAGAAAAAAACAAAAAUGGAAAAAGCAUUUUGCAGAAAGACAAGCUCCCCCAACCAGACCAUAUCUUGAUUGCGUUUCACAAAGCAUCAAUAACUCACCAAACUGUCCCCAGAACAAAAAAAAAACCCACACAUUGAACAAACAAAUAAUAACAUGAAGCUAUCUGCUAAACCCAUUUCUAGUCCGGGUCGAACCGACAAGUUUCCUCCUCCAUUGAUGAGGUUCUUGAGGAGCAAUGCUGGGAGCAAGAGCAGAGGUAGGUCAAGGUCAAGCCCCAUGUUUGUAAGGAAGAAAAACAACACCGCCAUUGAAACCCAAGAACCCUCUUCCCCUAAGGUCACAUGCAUGGGCCAAGUGCGAGUUAGACGCUCCUCCAAACAACCCACCGCCAAAAGAGACAGAGCUCCGACCCGGUGCCGCUGCUGGUGGAUCCGAAAACCCAACACCGUUUGGCCCAAAUGGGGGUUCUUUCGGGUCGGAAGCUUUCGACGAAAAGCCACUAAGCUAAAAAAAGAUUCAGUGAAAUCCGAGUCAAAUUUCCAGGGCAGGUCUAACGAUGAAGAUGAAGAUGAAGAAUCAGUGUACGAAGAGAGAGUUAAUGCUUUUGCUUCCAACUCUUGCACGCCGCCGAGAAACGCUUUGUUAUUGACAAGAUGUAGAUCCGCUCCAUAUAGAUCUUCGUCUUUGGCAAGUAGGUUUUGGGGUUCGCCAUUGAUGAGCGAAGAAACAGAACAGAGGACAGAGCUGGAAAAUUCAGAAUCCACUUCCACUGACAACGAGAAACCCAGUUCGCCGAGAGAGUCAAUUUCAGAUCAAGAAGGGAAAAGGGACCCCGAAACGGAACCAAAGUCGAGGUUUUUCAAAGAACUUGAGGAUUCACUCAGAGAAAGAAUCGCCAAAUCAAAAAGUGUUGAAGUUGCAGCAAGUCCUGUAGUGCUGACCAGGUGCAAAUCGGAACCGGCAAGAACCGGUCAUAGACUUGAUCCUGAGGUAAAUAAUUUAUUGAAAAAGAGAAGGUUGGGUCUUCACAUGAUUUCUGAUUAAUCAAUUAUUAUCUCCAUUACUUACUCAGCUUAAUUCUUUUUCAACUUUUUUUGUUUUGUUUUGUUUUGUUUUGUUUCUAAUUAAUGUUUCCUGAGUUGAAUAUAGACCUCAAUUUUGAUAUAAUUGCUUGUUUUGACACCUGGAGCUGUACGAGAUAAUCUGUAUAUGUGGCUCUUUGGUAACAUAAAAAGGUGUCUGUGGAAUACAUAGAAAGAAGGGAACAUGAGAACAUUGGAGUGAGUUCAUACACUCUUCAUGUCCUUAAUGGGAAUGGGUAGCUGUAGUUAAUGCCUUCCUUGUCAUUGCUCAAGCUUGAAUUUUUUUUCCAUUACUGACUCGACUUCUGCAAUUUGC